AUGGCCAAGGAAAAGAGUGCCAAGAAGUCCCCUGCCUCUGGCACCAAGAAGCUCUCCCCUUACAACAAGUUCAUGAAGGCUGAGCUUGCCAAGCUCAAGGCUGAGAAGCCCGAUCUCGGACACAAGGAGGCCUUCAAGGAGGUUGCUGCCCGCUGGAAGGAUGCCGCCGAGAACCCCAAGAAUGCCAAAAAAGUUUAA